CUGCGGAGUCGUUAGUAAAGCCCAGGGCAGCAUCCAACCCAUUCUAUGCACAUUACACCCACGACCUAAUCCGGUCGCCGCAACACUUCUAGACACUUCUACUGAACAAUCUAUUCGGCUUCCAACGCCCGACCAACACAGUCACUGUCCACCUUCCACGCAACAUAAGAGAGACUCCCUCUACGCUACCCCACCAGGCAGUCGCCUGACGAUCUACCAUGGCUUCUCACGUAGUGGUGAUAGACUCGACGGCUCGAAGGGCCACGAUCAAGACUACCCCGGGCAAGAACCUCAGUGAGGUUCUCGAAGAGGCGUGCACGAAGUUGGGGGUCAACGCUGCUCAAUAUGGAUUGAAACAUAAUAACAAACCUGUCGACAUCUCCAGAACGAUUCGACUUUCGGGUCUGUCAUCAGGCGCAAAACUAGAACUGGUUCAACUCUCCAAAUCCGCCGGCGUCGUUUCAAUAGCCUUGCAACUCCCGGAAUCAGAAGCAAGAGGUGUACCCAAUGCCAGACUCACGGACAAGUUCCCUAGUUCAACCACACUAUGGCUUGUGCUCAGGAAAUUCGAAGCCGGCGUCGCGGGGGGAGGUGCUAGCGGUCCCUGGAAUUUCACUGCCAGAGGGGUACCAGCUGUGAGUCAAGGCAGUGGCGGUGCGGGCAGACUGUAUUACGAACAGCCGGUGAUACAGGUCAUGAAUAGAGAAUUGGCGUCGUUUACGGACCUACAAAAGUCUCUAGCACAACUGGGUCUCAACAGCGGCUCGGCUCUUUUGAGGUUGAGUUUCCGGACGACCGAAACUCCUCUAGAAGAGGCCAUGGCUCAAAUACAAAGCUAUUUCGAUUCAGUCGAGGGAACAGGUGCCCAACCGCCGCGCCAACAAGAGACUCCAUCCUCAAGAGAGACACCGGCUGGAUCAGCCGAGACACAGCCAGAGUGGAAAGAGGAGCGGCCUUCGCAGCCAGCUCCUCAGCCUCAACAAGAAACAUCCGCAUCAUUACCCUCACAACCCGAAACUGUGACUUCGUCAACAAGUCGUCCCGUCUCCGUCUUCCGGCCGCCAAGCUCAUCCACUCCGUCCGCCGCCAUGAUGUCUCACAAUGAAUCGGACUAUACGCCGACGGUAGAACACGCCCAGGUCCACCAAAAACUGUUGCAGCAGAACUCAAGAAACGUCCGAUUACCGACAGAAGCCGAGCUUGCAGCCCAAGCCGAAGAAGAAGCGGCCAAAUGGGCGGCAGUAAAGGAAGUCGAGAUCAAAGUCCGGUUUCCCGAUCAGAGUGCCGUCAGUGCCAGAUUCGAACCGGCCGAUACCGCAGCAGAUCUCUACGGCUUUGUUCGAGAGUGUCUAGAAGAGCAGUACCGAUCAGAGGCUUUCAUGCUUCGAAAUCCCGGUAUCAGAGGGAAAAAUGAAGUCAUCCCAGACGACAGCGGCAAGAAAUUAAUCAAAGACCUUCAGCUCAAAGGUCGAGUCCUAGUCACAUUUCAAUGGGAUGAUCACAGAGCGAGCAUUCAAGCGCGAAGUGUAAAGUCUGUUCUGAAGGUGGAGUUGAGGGAGCAGGCUCAAGAAGUGAAAGUGCAGGAUCUCCCAACCGUGGAUGUCGCGGCUGAUGAGGAGCCGGGCAUCAAAGUCAAUGUGGGGACCAAGGAGACAAGUGAAGGGAGCGGAGAGGGAAAGAAGAAGCUGCCAAAGUGGUUGAAGGGCUUGAGCAAGAAAUAGUCCACUUCGAGGAAAGCAGGUGUGUCGGGACUGCUGGAGUCGGAGUCACACAUGAUGGUUCUGAAGAUUGGAAUGUGCAUUUGCUGAGACAGCUACUCAAUACAGAGUGUUUCAUGAGAGCGACUUACGAGACAAUAGACGAGACAAAGAUACCCCUGUUAUGUGCAGACUUACUGCUGACAAUAGCAUGCACUAUACGUCUGCGUAUUUUGGUUGGCCUUGAGCGUGGAAAGAACCGACCGAUAAGUGUACAAGGACAGAUAUUCCC